AAUAUUGUUGAAAUGAAAGAGAGGGAAACUUGAGUAGAACGCCCGAUUCACACGAGCACGCUGCUGUGUACACCUUAACAUAGCGUCAGGCCGCAUAUAAACCUACCGGGGACUGUGGGUUACUCGUGAUGUCCAAUAUAUAUCACCCAUACAGAGUCCUUGGCUUAUGUUCCUCAGAUGUACCUUUUGUUGUAAAAUAUAUUCCAAACUCAAGUGCAUAUUAUGCUGUAGUUCCCACAGGAGAACGGUUUAAUAUAUAUAAACUUCCAAGACUGACGCUUAUUGGGACAAGCGAUCCUCUUGAAUCCCCAAUCAAGUGUUUCACUUCUUGUGGUAACGUUCUAGUUGCUGCUUCUGGAGAAACGAUUUAUAUUUUUCGUAAUUCUCGUUAUCUGCUACAAAGACUUCAGCACCAUACAAAUAUAAUCACCCAUUUGUGCUCUCUAGAGGAUUCGUUUCUGGUUUCAGUUGAUGAAGGCGGUUUUACUCAAGUAUGGAACAGUAAAUCUUGGGAGAUUGUGUCUCACAUAAAAUUCUCGACAAAGGCUUUCUGCGUUACAUCACUGAUUAGUCCCAUUAAUUACAAAAAUAAAAUACUUUUUGGAAGCUAUCAAGGUUCGUUGCAAUUGUGGGACGUCGUAUCUAAAAAGUUAAUCUACUGGUUCAAAGGAUUUGAUUCUGCUGUGACGUGCCUACAGCAAGCCCCAGCGUUUAACGUCUGUGCUAUCGGUCUUGCCGAUGGACGCGUCGUCAUUCACAACCUGAAAUAUGAUGUUACAUUAAUGACCUUUGCUCAAGAUGGUGGGGCGAUUACAUCUAUUGGCUUUAGAAGCGGUUUACAUGGUUUGCAAAGUCCUUCAAACGUUGAUGAAAACAGUAGGAUCACUUUGCUACCUGAUGACAAUAAUGAUGUUUAUUUAAUUACUGGUUGUGAGACAGGAUAUAUCAACUGUUGGAAACUUCAAAACAAUGGAAAAAGUAGAUCAGUUGGCGAAGCUCGCAACUUACAUUGGGGUAGUGUAAUAACUAUAUAUUGCAUUCCUGGAGGUGAUGGUGCCAAUGGAAUAGUAACGUCUGGAACAGACAAUUGUAUAAAGGUUUCUUACUUCGAUCGGUCUGACGGUAGUCCGCGUACAGUAUAUCGUCGAAUAGGCCAUUCUCGACCUCCGAAUCGCAUAUUAUUUUGGCCCGGGUGUUCGGCAGGUGGUGGGCUGUUACUUAGCGCUGGAAAAGAUGGUGUACUUCGUAUAUUUUCAACGUUCAAUGAAAAUAUGAAUAAAAGCCUCGGUUGCGCAUAUGCUCCUGGAGUUCCGGAUCGCCGGAAAACUACUCGUCAACAGAGAUCAUCGUGGUUACUAUCUGACGUGGUCCACAUGGCUGCAUGUUCUACACGUGCUGAGGCGUGGGAUAGCGUGGUUGCAAUCCAUAGCGGGAAACGGCAAGUAACCAGCUGGAAUUUUGCGAAGGCUACUCGAGGCCAACACUGGUUUGAUCCACUAAAAUUUCAUGGGUGCUAUGGGGAAGCAAAUCGGUUGUACAAGAACAUAGUUGCUACGUGUGCGUACUUGACAAGUUGUGGUAACUAUGCUCUCAUUGGUUAUUCAAGUGGAGAUGUCUUCAAGUUUAAUAUGCAGUCUGGUUUGGAGCGCGGUUCAUAUGGCUCACCUACCGCACAUUUGUGCUCUAUUGUCGGACUAGCUGUCAAUAAUGUAAACCGAGUUACCAUAACUGUUGGUGAAAGUGAAAUUCGUUUCUGGUCUUUUCACGAGCACAAGUUACAUGGACAACUUGACUUACCAUCAACCUCUUUGUUGGUCAGAUUUCAUGCUGAUAGUGAUGUUCUAGCUGUCGCUUUGUCGAAUGCGGCUAUCACUUUGGUUGACAUUGUACAUCGAAAGGUUAUUCGAACGUUCAUCAAUUCUGAAGUCCAACCUUGUGUUGAUAUGGACAUUUCAUUUGACGGCCGAUGGUUAGUUUCCGCACAUCACGGAGAUCCCUUGGUAAAAACGUGGGAUAUAGUGGAUAGUAAACUGAUAGACUGCUUUCGUGUAGAAAUUCCUAUCACUUCAAUCGCUUUAUCCAGGGCAAAUGAAUUUCUAUGUACAACUCAUUCAAACUGCCUUGGUAUCUAUCUUUGGGAUAACCGUGCAACUUACAAACAUUUACACCUCCAGCCUUUACCUAUUGAUUUUGUUCCAUCUGAAAAUCAAUCUCCAGUAUCAUUACCAACUAGAAUAUUAAUGACUCGAAAUACAUGUGAUGUAAUUGAGCUUGGUAUGGAUACAGAUGUCAGAAAGUAUAUGGAUUUUGAGUACAUGGAUGACUUGUCAUCUGGCAAGUGUGGAGAACACGUUUAUAUAUCUCCUGAACAAAUUCAUUGCCAUCUUUUAACACUCUCUGGAAUCCCAUCAUCAUUUUUUGCAACAUUACUGAAUUUGGAUUUUAUUCGACAACGUAAUCAUCAAGCUGGGAAACUUUUAAAUAACAGUACUGCUACUCAUGCAGUUGCAGAAAAUCUCAUAAAUCUACCAUUCUUUUUGCCAGUUGUUGAGACCAAUCAAGGCUUACUAUCGGCUGAUGAUGAUUUUGGUAAUAGAUUGUCAACUAAACAACAGUUGAUUAAUAAAACAAGUAAUCGUAAACGACGUGGAUUGUUGGAUAAAAAUUUCGAACACGCUAUUGAACCUAUACAAGGCUUAUCUAUGAGACUUAUUCAAGCGAAAUCAAAUGAUGAAUGUAAGUGUUAUUGGUGCAUUUUUUAAAUUCUUAAACCACUCUUUUUUAAGUAGCCUACUGCUUCCCCCUUUUAAUCAUAUUCUGUAGACUUUUGAAAGCACUGUUGAAUCAAGUUUUUCUGCACAUCUAAAGUAAUAUCUACAGACGUAAAUCAAAAAGCUUAAUGGUAUUCUUCUAUGAGUACCAACAUUCAUGACCGCCUACUGAUUUGUUGAUCGGACAUAUUUGAAGUGUAGCAAUACUAUAUUUUUGUUAAAUCCCCCACAGCAGAAAAUUAUCGCUUUUUUGUCCUUUUAUAAAUUACUAAAGAUGUAACUAAAGUAACUCAUGAUGUCAUUGAAGAAGAACUUGAGGUAACUGCGAGAAAAUUUUUUUUUCUACGAUAUUACUUAGGUCGUACAAUCGUAUCUACAAUUCAUUAACACGUAAGGUGAUCUGCUAAAAAAAAUAGAAGGAUGACUGCACAAUUUUAGGUGCCAUAAGAAACGUAAUAAUCGCUAAGUUAAAGAAAGAGGACCAGAUGAAACUGAAAAAGUGAAAGAAAGGUGAAGAAUGGAUGAAAAACUUGGUAAGAAUAACGUAUAGUUAUAUGCAAAUUGAAGACAUUCAAAGGAAGUAUUAAGGCCACUUUGCCGUCUGUGAAAAUUAGGUGUCAUGACCAUGGAAAAAAAAAUGGUUUUCACGAAUCACUUUUGGCGCAGUGACCUCCGGUUUAAAAAAACAAAUCGAAAACCCUUCUGUAUUAAUUUUUUCUCUACAGCCACACUGUUUGAUUGUAUACAAUUUGAAGGAUGUAUCCGACGGAGCAGUUUGACUGGAGUUAACAUGAUGUCUUAGUAUUGAUCAAUCUAUUGUUUUAAGUACGCUUCUCAAAAACCACCCAGGUUCCGAUUUAAUAGUGCUCGAUUUGUGUGGCCAAUGUGACCUGCUCCAGAACACUGAGUAAACACAACCAUACACUUAUGUAGCCGUAUGCGGGAGUUUAUUUUUCACAAAUCCACAAAAGCUGAAGGAGUUUGUAAAGGUGAAGCAAAGCUAGCUUGCCAGCUUAAAAAGUUGUAAAAAGAUGUAUUUGUGCCUUUUAUUCGUAUAUUAUUUUUUACUCAUUCUAGUCGAUAAGAUUUCUCAUGACUUGAAAUCAGUUGGAACAACUGGACUAGAUUUGGAAAUUCGUCUACUUGUUCCAUCAGCUGAAGAGGAAAUGCCUUGUUUAAAUCCUAAACGAACAAAAGCAUUCUAUGACCAUGUAACCAAUCCUUACUUAAAACUGCAUGGAUUUCUCCGAUAUAUAAUUAAUCGGUUUCAAUCGAAUCGAGAUUUCGAUCUUGCUUGCGCUUGUUUGGAAAUUUUAUUGCAACAGCAUAGUGAUAUUUUAUUCCGACAUUGUCAUAUACAGAACAAUUUGUUUAAUCAAAAACCGGACGAACUAAAUGAAGAGUAUCUACAGAUAGUGAUAAAAGACCAAAUGAAAUAUGAUUCGAUGUCCCCUUAUUUCGUUACAUUAAUUUUAGUUAACCGAGCAAUAAAGACUAAAAGAAAAGCACAAUCGAACUUAACACAUUGUAUUACUCAAUCUUUAUGUUUAGUUGAUUUCAUUCGUAAUCCUAUGACUGCAUUGCAGUUAUAAAUAAUGAUUAACAUAUUGC